CAGUAAAACGAUUCCUCUCCUGCCCUCGGGCCAAGCCCCGCUCUCCUAACGGAUAAAAGGGGAGGCGGCCGCCGCGCCGCUCACUCUCUCCCUGCGCUCCAGCUCCGCUUCCCUGAGCCCCGAGGCCUUGGGUACCGCCGGCCCCCUCGGAGCAGCCAUGUCCCGCUCUGUGAGCUUCAGCUCCCGCUCUGCCGCCGGCCCUGGCAUCAGCCACGUGCGGGUCAGCACCGUCUCCUCCACCCGCGGGCUCGGAGGCGGCUCCGGCUUCAGCCGGGCUGGGGGCUUCGGCAGCUCCAGCCUCUACAGCCUGGGCUCCGGCAGCAAGCGGGUGUCCCUCGGGGGGGGCAGCUCCUACAGCGUUCGCUCUGGCUACGGCUUUGGGGGCAUGGGGCUCGCUGGGGCGCCCGGCUCCGGCAGCAUCCAGGAGGUCACCAUCAACCAGAACCUCCUGACGCCCCUGAACCUGGAGAUCGACCCCAACAUCCAGCGGGUGCGCAAGGAGGAGAAGGAGCAGAUCAAGACCCUCAACAACAGAUUCGCCUCCUUCAUCGACAAGGUCCGCUUCCUGGAGCAGCAAAACAAGAUGCUGGAGACCAAAUGGAGCCUCCUCCAGGACCAGAAAACCACCCGCAGUAACAUUGCCCCCAUGUUUGAGACGUACAUCAGCAACCUGCGGCGGCAGCUCGACGGGCUCUUGAAUGACAAAGGGCGUUUGGAGGGCGAGCUCAGGAACAUGCAGGAUCUUGUUGAGGAUUUCAAGACCAAGUAUGAGGAUGAGAUCAACAAGCGCACGGCAGCAGAGAAUGAAUUUGUGGUGCUCAAGAAGGACGUGGAUGCUGCCUACAUGAACAAGGUGGAGCUGGAGGCCAAGGUGGAUGCGCUCACGGACGAGAUUAACUUCCUGAGGUCCCUCUAUGAAGCAGAACUCCAAGAGCUGCAAGCCAAGAUCUCUGACACCUCAGUGGUGCUGUCUAUGGAUAACAGCCGAAACCUGGACCUGGACAGCAUCAUUGCAGAGGUCAAAGCGCAGUAUGAGGAGAUUGCCAACAGGAGCCGGGCGGAGGCUGAGUCCUGGUACCAGAGCAAGUACGAGGCCCUGCAGGUCACCGCAGGGAAGCACGGGGAUGACCUGCGCAACACCAAGAACGAGAUCGUGGAGAUCAACCGCGUGAUCCAGAGGCUGCAGGCGGAGAUCGAAAACGCAAAGGCCCAGCGUGCCAAGCUGGAGGCAGCCAUCGCCGAGGCUGAGGAACGCGGGGAGCUGGCCCUCAAGGAUGCCAGGGCCAAGCUGGAGGAGCUGGAGGCAGCCCUGCAGAAGGCCAAGCAGGACAUGGCCCGGCAGCUCCGUGAGUACCAGGAGCUCAUGAACGUCAAACUGGCCCUGGACAUCGAGAUCGCGACCUACAGGAAGCUGCUGGAGGGAGAGGAGAGCAGGUUGGCAGGUGAUGGAGUUGGCAGCGUCAACAUCUCCGUGGUCAGCUCCAGCGGUGGAGGUGGCUUUGCCAGUUCCAGUGGAUUGCUGGGAGGAGGACUCGGAGGAGGCCUCAGCCUGGGCUCAGGAAUGGGCAGCGGAGCCCUCGGCUUCUCCUCCGGGGGUGCCACCAAGUCCUACACUGUCACCACGACCUCGUCCAGCAGGAGAAGCUUCCGGAAGUAACGCCGGGAGUGGAGAGCAGCGGUACCCGUUCCAUGGGAGGGGGGGAAACCACAGACAGCAAAGUCUUUGUUGCCUUCCUAGGACAAACUGGCUGCAGAAUUCCAGCAGUGGUGAAGGAACUGGAGUGAGAAACACCAGUGCCUGCCCCGGCCACGUCACCCCAGGCUUGAUCCUGCACUCCUGAACUUGGUGGGAACCAUUCCACGGAGAGCAGGUUCAAGCCUGUAGGGUGAAAGUCAUCCGGUGAGGCAGGCGGGAUAACGCUUUUGUUACUUGUGUGCUCGGUACCCCCUGCUCAGGGCUGGAUUUCACCCUUUGAAUGGCAAAGCAAUCGUUUGAGUGGCAAGGAAUUCCGCACUCGUGCUGUGGGUUUGGAAAAGACACCAGGAGAUUAUCUGCUUUGUAAUAGGAUUGGGAGCAUUUCAUUCCCUUGGGCUCCUCAGAACAGCUCAACCCGUGCUGAGAUUGCAGCCUGGGUUGGUUUUGUUCACGUUCACCAAGAGGAGAACAGUGAAACUGCUUUGGGGUUCCCUUUUCUUUGGAAAUGGCUCAGAUGUGGAGCU